CGGAGCGGAGUAGCGGGAGCUGCCUGCGUCUGUCUGCCCCUGCCCGCUUCUGCCUCUGCCGCCGGGAAGGCCGGCAGCACGGUGGGAGCUCCCGAGAGGCGGCGAACAAAGUCCGAGGCUCGGCGCUGCCGAGGAUAGGUAAGUGGUCUUUGCAGCUCAAGUUUGAAACUCGAUGUUGUCUCUCGUCCAUCUGCCGCUGGGGUUUUCUCCUCGCCGGCUCUCUGUUCUUGCUGCUGUUGUGGUUGCCUCGCCGUGUCUGGGGCUGUAUGGAGCCGGCUGUGGGGGAUUGCUAGUUUUGAUCUUGCUACUUUAAGCAGACAGGAGAAAAGAGGACAAAAAUCCCCAAACACAUCAAAAGCAAAAUGUGCCUUUGCUCCGGCCCCGUGCGAAUCCGCGGGAAGGAGCCGGCGCGAUAGCACACGUGUUGCGGCGGGGAUGCCCGUGGCUAUGGCCGCAGGUAGCUGCGGCAGGGGCUCCCGGGACACGGGGAGCACCGGGGAGCAGCGGCUCCUCCUGCCCUCUGUGCCGGAACCGGACCUGGAGCCGGUCCCGGUCUCGGCACCGCCGCGGGACGCAUCGGGGAGCAGCGAGCGACGGCAGCGCAUCAGGUUGGUACCGCGCCCCCCGGCGCCUUUCUGCGCCCCGCCGCGCCCCGCCGCUGCCGCCCGUCUCUUGCAGGGACCUGCCCGGAGGCCGACCCGCACCUCGCCCCUUGGCGACCCGGCUCCGAUACCAGCCUCACCGCCGUGGUGGGCCGGGGGACGGCUCUGCGCCUGGAGAGCUCCGCUACCUUCCACUCCCUCGUCAUCCGCGACGGAGGGAUGCUGGUGUUCGCAGACUGUCCCCGCGAGCCACCCAUCACCCUGCGCGCCCGCUACAUCCUCAUCCACGACGGCGGGGAGCUGCACAUCGGCUCAGAGCGCUGCCCUUACGGCUCGCGGGCCACUAUCUCACUCUACGGGAGGGCCACCGACGGGGCGGCCGUGGAGGGCUUCGGGCAGAAGUUCCUGGGCGUGGGGAGCGGCGGCGUCCUGGAGCUGCACGGCCGGCGGCCUCACUCCUGGACCCUCCUGGACAAAACGCUGCACCCUGGCGGGCUCCUCUACGGCCCCUACUUCUCCGAGAGGCGGUGGGGCAGCCGCGGGCUCAACCUCCGCAUCUUGGACGCCGGCACUGCGCGGGUGCUGGCGGCGGCGCGCUUCGACACGCACCUGCGGCACGGCGAGUGCGGGCGGCUGCGCUCCUUCCUCGCCAUGCAGCCCCCCGGAGCGGUGGUGGCGGCCGCCGUGGGGGACUCUGCUGCCCGGAGCCUCACGCUGGAGACGCGGCUGCUGCUGCGGGACCGCCUGGGCAGCGCUCACAUCUCCCGUCUGCGACACAGGGGUGCCUUAUAAUGGAUUUAAAGUGGAAGCAUCCAAUGGAAUAAUUCUCCACUUGGUGGAUGAGGUUACCAGUUGGUUACCUGGUGACCGGAUCGUUGUUGCCAGUACAGAUUAUUCUAUGCAUCAGGCUGAAGAGUUUAAUCUCCUUCCUUGCCCUGAAUGUAAAAGUAAUCAAGUGAAAAUUGAUGGCAGCCCACUUUAUCUUCACAUUGGAGAAGUCAUAGAUGGCGUCGAUAUGAGGGCAGAGGUUGGCCUUCUGACUAGAAAUAUACUUAUUCAAGGAGAAAUGGAAGACUCCUGUUAUGGACAAAAUCAAUGCCAGUUUUUCUCCUUUGAUACAUUUGGAGGACAUAUUAAAAUCCUAAAGAAUUUUAGCUCUGUUCACUUGUCAGGAGUGGAACUGAAAAACAUGGGGCAGCAAAUCCUGGGCAGUUACCCUGUACAUUUUCACUUGGCUGAGGAUGUGGAUGAGAGAGGAGGAUAUGAACGCCCGACGUACCUUGAUAACCUGGCUAUCCACCACUGCUUCUCUAGGUGUGUUGCCAUACAUGGGACUCAUGGCCUUCUGGUCAAAGACACCAUUGGCUAUGACACUCUGGGGCACUGUUUCUUCCUGGAAGAUGGGACAGAGCAGCGCAAUACAUUCUAUCACAACUUGGGCCUCCUCACAAAGCCAGGGACAAUCUUGCCUUCAGAUCGCAGUGAGGCAAUGUGCCUUGCCAUCCGCAGCAAUGUUUAUGGAGAUUACAUUCCUGUGCCGAGCACCGACUGCAUGGCUGUCAGCACUUUCUGGAUCGCUAAUCCAAACAACAACUUAAUAGAGAAUGCAGCAGCUGGUGCUCAGGAUGUCGGGAUAUGGUACAUCUUCCACCGGGUUCCCACUGGACAGUCUGAGGGGCAAUAUCCAGAGGGACAGGCUGAAUAUACCCCCUUGGGAGUAUUUUACAACAACAGAGUCCACUCCAAUUUCAAGGCUGGUUUGUUUAUUGGAAAAGGAGUAAAGACAACGAGAGCCAACGCUGAAGAUCCCAGAGAGUAUCUCACUGUCGAUAAUGCCAGGUUUCGCCCACAUCAAGAUGCUGAUCCUGAAAAGCCGCGAGUUCCUGCCGUGAUUGAUGGUCUUAUUGCUUUUAAAAAUAAUGACCAUGGGGCCUGGGCUAGGGGUGGCGACAUUAUAUUCUGCAACUCAGGGUUUUCAGACAAUGGAAUUGGACUCACUCUGGCAAGUGAUGGGACUUUCCCGACAGAUGAAGGCUCCAGCCUGGAGGUUACACGAUCCAUUUUUGUUGGCGAAAGCAGCAAUUUUGGGUCCCAGGGAGGUCAAAACAGCUACUGGGGAAAAGGGGCAAAUGGAGAGUACAGAACACUACCCAGAAACAAGACCUUCCCUAUUCGUGGAUUCCAGAUUUAUGAUGGGCCUGUCAGGAUGUCAAAAUGUACUUUCAAGAAGUUCACUCCGACUGUUGACAGAUACUCAAGUGCCAUCGGGUUCUUCAUGAAAAACUCCUGGCAGAUAAGCCCCCAGAAUAAUGUGUCACAGAUCCUGAUGGAGAAGAGUGUUGGACUGAAAGUGUUUUUUGGCAGAUCAGGCCAGUGGUUCGGAAACAAUGACAAUGAUGGUGACAAAAUGUCUAUAUUCCAUGACCUGGACGGCUCAGUGACAGGGUAUCCGGACAUUUUCAUAGGCAGAGCAGACAACUACUUGCUGCAUCAUCCUGGGUGUCUUACUGUCCCACGCUGGAAUGGGUUGAUGUGUACUGGGAAAUUUGCACAGCUUUAUAUUCAGGCCAGGCGUCCUGAGAAUCUGACCUUAUCCAUUGCCAGAGCAGCAUACCAUUCCCAUCCCUUGCGGCUGCAAGGCGUGAACAGAGGAGCACCAUACCAGCAGUACCAGCCUGUCGUCAUGCUCGAGCAAGCUUAUAUCAUCCAGUGGGAUGGCAAAGCACCUGAGGAUAUUAUCCUGUACCCCAUCAACUUCAACAGAGGAGACUGGCUGCAUGUUGCCCUCUGCUACCCCAGGGAAGCUGUUUUCCAGGUGGUGGCAGAUAUCUACCAGCGACGGACAGGGAUGGUGCACAGUGUAAAGCACUACCUGGCAGCUCCUUCCUGGGCCAGCGUUCUCAAUGGGACUGGUGAGCGGCUCUUCUAUUUCGACAGAGCAUCGGGGUACCUAUUUGUUCACCUGCAAGCCCAUGAAGCUCGGGAAGGACACAGCUACUGCUCUAAGCAAGGCUGUGAACGUAUUAAGAUCAUGGCACAUAUGUACCCAUGGGACGUCUGGAGCUGUGACCCAAACCCUUUCCCAGAGAGGCCAGCAGCCACCCAGCGCCCUGUGUCCCAGCACCCAGCUGGGCCAUGCAGGGUGUGUGGGGCCCCACAGCUUGCUAUCACUAGCACACCCUCAGUCAAGUAUAUAAGGAUUCAGAUCCAGUCUCUCAGCAGGAUGGACAAACAAAACCACUUGACAUCCGCAUUCAUUAAGAUAAAUGACACCAUUUUCCUGUUCAAUAGCUAUGGGUUAUUCUUUGUGGUGGUAGAUGCAUGUUCAGGAGCUGUUGUGAGUAGGAGGCACUUUGACACAGUUACUGGUGAAAACGCUGCCAGUGCAAUAACUGACUAUGUUAAAACAUCUAUAAAAGAGAGAUCACUUGUUCUCGUGUGCUCUAGAGAUAUUUCAGAUGUGAUGGGGAGCUCUGAAAUGCCUAUUUUUACCAGGUUAGGUUCAGCAAAGCCUGUUGUCUUCCACAAGGAAGGGAGUUUUGCCAUGCUUGGCUACAAAGGACAAGCCAGACCCUCCUGGAUUAAAGUCCUUAAUUAUGCUGGUUAUCAGAAAGCUGCUUCUUUACAGCAUUAUGUUCCCUUGAAGCUGAAACAAUAUCAAUGUCCAGCUAAUGAUGAUGAGCAGCUAAAAUUUGCUUUUUCUCAGACCCACUCAGAACACAUCUCUACAGAGGCUGCAGCUUCCUUGGAUUAGCAUCGCUGGGGAACACCAGCCAGGCAAAGCCUGCUGCUGCCACCAAAGCUGCUCUUGUUUUCACGGGAUUGUACCAAACCAGUGGUGUUCACUUGUAUAUAGUAUAACUAAUAAAUAUAGUCUCAUUUUA